UUGAUACUAUUCUGUGGGGCUGUCAAGUUGACAUAUCCUUCAAAAUCAUAACCUAAGAUCUAAGAUUUUUUUUCACUUCAAAAUAUAAACAUAUUGAGGAACAACGUUUAAUAUUCCUUCCUCUCCUCAUAAACUGAUCCUUGGUGGACAACAAGUGGACUGCUGAACUAAAACGGAGAUUUAAAUCUUCAUCAAGGAUUACUCGUUGAAUAAACUAAUUGAGUAAAACAGUCAUGAGUCAUUUAGGAGAUCGUUUUUUGCCUCAACCUGUGUGUUUGGAACCAGUAGUACAUAAGCUUUUCCAGAAAUUUUCGAAUCCUUUUUUGCGGAAAAUAGAGGACCAAUUCCAUCACGCAUUGGCUUACGAACAUAAGGAUACUCUUGAAAAUGCGAGGAAAAUUAUUCCUUCAACGACUUUGGUUCAAAGGAUGUUGAAAAAAUAUAGGAAUAUGCAAAUGGCUGCCAAAAAAGAGCGAAAAAUUUGCAGUGUUGAUACUGAUGAUUUGAUUCUUGUCGAAUUACUCAAUUGGUUUAAGGAAGAAUUUUUCGAAUGGGUAGAUUCUCCCGACUGUGAUUAUUGUAGAAAUAAAACAGUUUUUUCCCAUGUUAAAAAUAAUCCCAGUGAGAGGUAUGCUAAGAGAGUAGAGAUUUUCAAGUGUGAUGUAUGUAAAAGAGAAACGCCAUUUCCACGAUACAAUGACGUGAAUAUUCUACUCGAAACUAGAAAAGGCAGAUGUGGAGAGUGGGCAAACGCCUUCACACUGUUGUGUCGUGCUUUAGAUUUUGAUGCUCGAUUGGUAGUCGAUGAAACGGAUCACGUGUGGACGGAAGUUUAUUCCCGUCACCAGAAGAGAUGGUUACAUUGCGACCCAUGUGAAAAUGUAUGCGAUAGUCCUUUGAUGUACGAGCACGGUUGGAAAAAAAGAUUGUCCUAUGUGAUUGCUUAUUCCCCUCUCGAAGUUCAGGAUGUUACGUGGAGGUACACUAGCAACUAUAGAGAGGUUUUGAAGAGAAGAACCAGUUGUGCUGAAUGGGAGUUGAUAAGAGCAAUUGUUGAACUCAGGAAUGAAAGGCUAUCGAAAUGUAGUAAAGCCAAACGUGAAUUUGUCCAAAGAAGGAUCCUCAUGGAACUGGCGGAUUUCCUCACUGAAAGACAACCCGGAGAUGAAAUGUAUGGCGGUAGAACAUCUGGCUCUUUGGAUUGGCGAAAAGCACGGGGUGAUAUAUCUGACUCAGACUGGCCAAAAAGUUCCUUCUGUUUCAAGUUAACAUUCCCACAAUUGUCCAAAAUGGAAUAUUCAAUGAAAUAUACAUGUUCCUCUGACAGAUACGUGUAUGGAAGUGAUCUCAAGCUCAGUCAAUGGGACCAAGCAACAUAUAGUCAAGUCGACAUGAUGAGGAAGGAGGAAAAAGAUUGGAAUAAGGUUUAUCUGUGUAGAAAAGAGGGAACUGAACGAGGAUCAAUUGUUUGGAUGUUUCGGCUUCUGGAUACCACUAUCAAAAUAAACUCGGUGUACAUAAAAUUUCAAAGGCAGACCUUUGAAAAUGGUAAUGUGGCAGUUCGAAUAGCCAGCAAUUCUUCAGACAAUCAAGAAAAAGUUGGGAUUGAUUUUGGCCCAGGCAAUGAAAUGAGAUCGCUGAUGUUUCAAGGAUGUGACAAUAUACGUAUAGAAGCCACUCUUUCAGGCGGAAAAGGUUCGACAGCUUGGCAACAUGCGCAACUGUUCAGGCAGGAUUGGAAAACCGAUACAGUUCAAUAUCCAUUUGAAGUAUUUCUUACUUUUGUGAACUAAGCAAUAGCAAUUAAUAUAAUUUAACAUAAAUACAUAAUUUUAAAUGAUUAUAUUCUAGGAUAUUUUGUUAUAAUUCACUUAGACAUGUAGGUAUGGAAUAAAAAAAGGAAUAUUUA